AUGUUCUAGGAGUGAGUGAUUGACUUUAUCAGUCCAAGGACAUCAUCCGCCUGGAAAGGGGGGGAAGUUUGAUCCUCUUUCUCACGGAUCGCAGUCAACGGGAGUUUUUUUUCCUCCCAACUCUGUACGCAUAGGAUUUUUCCCCGCUCUGGCUUGGUGUUUUUUUAUUUUAGGAUUUUUUGCGCAAAACGUGGUAAAUCUCGGCGCGGUGUCUGCAGCGUGCGCGCUCCGCGAAACUGGAUUUUAAUUUUCUUUUCUGUUUCCUUCCCGUCUCCUAAGUUUACUUCAAUCUCAUGACUAUGCUUCUUGAUAGCGGUCCGCAGUUUGCAUCGCUAGGAGUGGGGGGUUUCGGGACACCGCGGCACCACGACUUAGGGAACAGAGACCCGGGUCUGGGGCUGAAUCCCUUCGCCGAUUCCUCCCACUCUGCAGCUUUCAAAAUCAGCCCCGUGGCUCAUGAUAUCGCCUCCAGUCAGACUUCAGCUUUCACCCCGCAAGCCACUGGAUAUGCAGCUGCCCUGGGACACUCACACGGCGGGCAGGUGGGCUCGUACGGCGGGGGAGCGUUCAAUACAACACGGGACUUGCUCUUUCGGAACCGGGGCAUGGGAGAGUCCACAGGACCCAGCGCCCAGCAUGGGAUCUUUGCAGCUUCGGCCGGGAGCCUCCACGGGCCGCCUGGGAUCACCGAUAACCCCGGACAUCUGUUGUUUCCAGGACUUCACGACCAGGGGGUGAGCCACGCUUCACCGAGCGGACAUGUGGUUAACAGCCAAAUGCAUCUUGGCUUGCGCGGGGACAUUUUCGGAAGACCUGAUCCGUACCGUCCGGUCGCGAGCCCUCGGACGGACCCCUACGGAGCUCCGCUGCACAACUACGGCCACCCUAUCAACAUGAACAUGGGGAUGAAUGUGCCCACACACCACGGUCCGGGGGCCUUCUUUAGAUACAUGAGGCAACCUAUUAAACAAGAAUUAUCCUGCAAAUGGAUAGACGAGAACCAGAUGAACAGACCCAAAAAGACUUGCGACAGGACUUUCAGCACCAUGCAUGAGAUGGUCACUCAUGUGUCAAUGGAGCACGUCGGCGGCCCCGAGCAGAGCAACCACAUCUGCUUCUGGGAGGACUGUCCGAGAGAAGGGAAAUCUUUUAAGGCCAAGUACAAACUCGUCAACCACAUCCGAGUGCACACGGGCGAGAAACCUUUCCCAUGCCCGUUCCCCGGAUGUGGGAAAAUAUUCGCCAGGUCGGAGAAUUUGAAAAUCCACAAAAGAACACAUACAGGUGAGAAGCCGUUUAAGUGUGAAUUUGAUGGCUGUGACAGACGCUUCGCCAACAGCAGCGACAGGAAAAAGCACAUGCACGUGCACACAUCAGACAAGCCAUACAUCUGCAAAGUGUGCGACAAGUCCUACACGCACCCCAGCUCUCUCAGGAAACACAUGAAGGUACAUGAGUCUCAAGGAUCUGAAUCGUCUCCAGCAGCAAGCUCUGGAUACGAGUCGUCCACACCGCCUGUGCUGGUCUCAGCCAGCACUGAAGACCCGACAAAAACACCGCCGUUAGCCGUUCAAAACACGUCUGGCCACAGCGAAGGACUGGCACCCAACUUUAACGAAUGGUACGUUUGAAGUCAGCAGAAGAACAAACCCCUCUCUCGAUGUGGACCAAGAGGUUGUGGAUAAAAAACCUUAAAAAACUAUUCCUGUUCACUUCACCCACACACAGACAGACACAGACAUAAACCACACACUGUCUCACACACACAUACACAAAUGGGAUUGGGACACCAACAACAACAGGAGAUGAGAGCAAACGCCAGCACCACGCAGGCCACGUCCGUUCUCAGGAUCACGAAAUUUGACUUUUAUUGCGCAGUUUUGAGGAAAAAAAACAACAAAUAAAUCACAAAUAAAUAAACGUAAUACUUUCUCAGUAUAAAUAAAUGUUUUUUAUCUUUUAGUUUACAGAAAAAAAAUGUUUUAUUUUUCAUUUUAUGUAUUUUCUCAAAUUUUUAUUUAAAAAAAGAAUAAAAAAGGAAGAUUAUUUCACGCUGUUUUAUAUGACGGUGACGCGCUAUUGUCGCCUCUUCAAUUGAUUGUUGGAACUUCAAACAGUCUUAAGAAACGUGCCAAAGUCUUUGUCAUGAACUUGAACACAGAAAAAAAAAUCCUAAAUAAAUAUUAUACUCGUGAAUGUAUUUCCUUGUUUGAUGGGGUCGAAUCUAUUGUCAACGUCCGUUUUCAGGUGGAGAAAUGUGGUAUUAGGUUACGAUUGUUACCGUUGAAUAUAACGUUGCCUUUUGUUAAUACCGUUGUAAAUACAUAUCCAUGAUGCCAUAUUUAUCAAUUUGUAAUUUAAUUAUGGGUAUAAGUUCUGAAACUUAAAUGAUAUUUAUGGAAAUGUUUUCUAACAAGAAACUGUACAGUUUUGGUCAUAACCAGCUUAACAUGGAACAAAUGAGAAACUCUAAAGCUCCAACAUCGCGAUUGUAUCCUUCUGUUUUUAUUUUUCCUUUUAACCAAUAGGCCUACAUGUGUCUUAUUUGGAUCGAAGAAAUCAUCUAUAUGAAUAUUAUGGAUUUGUCUAUAUAUAAUGCAGAUAUUUCCGUCACUUUUAUUUUCUUUAUGAGACCAUUGACAUGUAAAUCAUUGACUUUGUAGAACUGAGUUCAGUUGAGCUGAGAAGCUAUAAAACGGUUCUGUUGAUAUCUUUAUUUUUGGUUAAAUUUAAACUUUUUGUGUAUUUUACUUUGAUAGAAUCAGAAAUAGAUGUCAAUUCGUAGCAUAAACUCAGUAUUGGAAAAAAGAAGAAGAGGAAGACGAAGAAGAAGAAACCCAUCAGCCUAUUGCACUCUUAUACAGGUCUUAGACGAGUGUGUGGAGUUCAUGAUUUCCAAAUCAAGGUGACAGCAUUUUGAUUCUCUCCAAUCCGGGUCCAGCACCCAAAUAUAUGCGCCAGUAUGGCUCUCUUUAUAGUUCCAGCAAUGUCUUUGUGCAAGUAUGUUUAAAUGUGUGCAUCGGCAACAAUGGAACUGUCUCAACACAGUAUCUUCAAAAAUAAAAAAAGUUUUUUGUCUGUCA